AUGGCGCUGCCCCUUGCAGGCAAGCACUGCGUCGUCGUCGGAGCCACCGGCGUCAUCGGAUUCUCCAUAGCAAAGGCAUUCUCCCACCAGGGCGCCGUCAUCUCUCUGCUGGGCCGCUCCGUCCUCGAUGCGCGCCCUCGUCUGGAGCCGCAGCUUCGUCCGUACAGCCUACCCGGGACUGACGCCGACACUCCCUCGGCUCACCAGUUUAUUCGGCUGGAUGCUUCGAAUCGGGACGAGAUUAAAGCUGUGUUUAGUCCACGCGGAUCAUCCAAGUCAUUCGUCGGACCAAUUGAUAUCCUCGUCAACUGUGCUGGCAUCUCUCAGACUACCCUGUUAAAACGAACUCCAGAUGAAGAGCUUUCAUCCAUCGUUGAUACAAACUUGCUGGCUACUAUGCUUGUGUGUAAACACGCAAAGAUGAGGCCAAACGGCUGCAUCAUCAACGUCUCUAGUCUCAUGGCAACAAAAGGUGGCUUGGGGGCCACGGCUUAUGCCGCGUCCAAGGCCGGAGUAGUUGGCUUUACCCGUGCCUUGUGCCUUGAGAUGGCGUCUCGGUCUAUCCGUGUAAAUGCUCUGCUGCCCGGCUGGGUUAACAGCUCCAUGUGGACUGGUGUGUAUAUCCUCCUCCCUAUUUCUUGUCCCUUAGAAACG